AGAAAGUGAAAACCAGAGCUAAUAGUGAAUGUAUUGGUGAUGGAAGUGGAAGAAGUGGUUCGGUCGGGAAGUCUGAUGGUUCCCCCGCAAGGCUUUCUCAAGCAAAAGAAGUCGUGGCAAAAGAAGUAUUAUGUGUUAUAUAAGAGCUCUCGUCAGGGAAUCCAAAGAUUGGAAGUGUUUGACAGCGAAGACCAAUAUGUAAAACAACAUCAUUGUCAACGAAUUAUCCCAUUGAGUGAUUGUGUCAAAGUGGCCCCUUUGCCACAGAAACAACAACCAAAUGUGUUUGAAAGCGAAGAAAAUCUUUUGUACUCCUCAGUGGACGGGCCCGAUGUCUAUCGGGUCAAACUCAUUGAUUCUGAAACUUCUAUCCGAUGCGGUCUAAGGAGUAGUUUUGAAUCAAACCUCACUUUAAUCGUCACUUCAGUGAAUAUAUCGCUGGCAGAAGAGGGGAAAGUGUUGUUCUCGUGGCCGUACAGACACAUCAGGAGAUACGGCUGCACCAAAGAUGGCUUCUCAUUAGAGGCCGGACGCAAGUGUGCGUCAGGAGAGGGCCUGUUCUCCUUCAUCACCAAAGACGGCAACUCUAUUUUCCAAGCCGUGGCCACUCAUGUCAAUAGUUUAAAGGCUUCGCGUCAUAUAAAUGACGAUCAAAUUCCUGGAAUCAAUACUUUGGGUGCCAUUAAUAUCAGUCCAAAACUUCAUCCCAAAGAAUCGUCGUUCCCUUCGAGUCAUUUCUAUACCAAUACUGAGUCCAAACCUGCACUUCCAUCCACAUCCCCUCCACUUUCAAUGAGUUAUUCAUCGAAAUUGAAUUAUUUUGCCACCAAUUCCUCACUCCUGCCAUCGACAAAAAUACCAGAGUCAGCGAAACGGCAUUCAAUACAACCACCAAAAAGUCCUCAAAUAAUUGAAAAACAUACCGUAACUCGUGUCACAUCCGUCUCGAGUGCCAACUCUCUUCCCGGUGCCAAUGAUCAUAAACCCAAAGCCUCGCCUCCCGUUCCAAAACCUCCGCGAAAGAGUAAAGAAACGAAAUCCGAUUCAGAAGAACCCGUAUUCGCAUCGCGAGAAGAAGUCAUGAAUUCGGGUCCUAAUCAUACUUUUACCGAAACUUAUAGACCAUUAAAAGAUGAGAUCUUAUACGACGAGCCGGCAGUUGAUCUGACCCUCAAUACAAGCGUUAAUAAAGAGGAACAACAUAUGAAAAGCCCGUUCUGUCCGAGUCCUCCACCCGUCAAUCAAACGGUUUCAAAGUUGACGUCUGUGUUAAAGAUGAUGUUCUCCGGAAACACUCAAAACCAAAUUCAGACCAAAUAUAAGGACAACAGAGCGAACACACCGACGCGAGACAGCACUAGUAGCUCAACCAAUACAAGCGGUAUACCAUCACCGGUGAGAAAAACAGCUCCACAACCAAUAGAUAGCCAAGAAGAGGUUACAUACAGUGAAGUCUCCGAUAUAGACAUUAUUCAAAGCAAUAAGAAUAAUACUAUGAAUACCAAUGAAUCAAACCAUUACUCAAAAAUACUUAACGAUAGUGCGGAACACGAGUACGCAAAUGUCAUUCACCAGGACUUAAAUGAUUUGAAUAAAACCUGUAAUAAUAGCAAUGAAAGCAUUCCUCAAACUCAGCACUACAUCCAAAACGAAGUGGAAUACGCGAGAGUCUGUAAAGUGAAAACUCUCAAUAACACAGCCGUCUAACCGAUCAAACAUUCACGCAAUUAGUCAUUA